AUGCAGCGCAUCAUAGCGCAGUGCCCAGCUUUGCAAGCUGUGUACUGGCCGACUUUUUAUGCGCACACUGCCAUGCAGCAAUUCAUGCUCCUUGGUCUGAAGGAGAUGCGCAGCUUCUUGCAGUUCGCUGUCUACCAGCGGCAGAUGCUUGAGCUUCGGGACACCUCGCAGAUAGCCUUGGACUGGGUGGAACCUCGAUUCGGCUCUGCGAUCCCAGAUGGCCCGAUCUGCAUCCUCCUGCAUGGGGCCAUCCAGGCCAGCUUCAGCGCUACCAUGAAGGACAUGGCAGUGGAAUUGGCCAAUCGUGGUUUGACGGCAGUGGUGAUGAACCGUCGUGGCUAUGGGGACGUGAAGAUGGAAGUGGAUACUGCACGAAUGACUUUGUAUGGAAUUGAUGAGGAUCUUGAUGAAGUCCUCUUAGAGGUGGGCCGUCGUUACCCCGGGCGCCUGGUGGCGCUCGUCGGCUUCUCCUGCGGCGCUGGUUACGCAGGUCGCUACGCGGCUGUUCGGGCGCAUUUGUCCGCCUGGGCCAAGGAUGCCGAGAACGGUGAUUUGUCCAAGACAAUCCCACGCAUCCUCUGCGCAGUAUGCUAUGAUUCUGGCUACUGCGUUCUCCGGGCUGUGGAAAGAGUGCCGCGGCCGUAUGUCUGGGGCUUGGACCUGGCGUUUCGCUAUCAGUACGCCAUCCGACACCGCGAGACGUGGACGCAGAAGUCCCGCUCUUUUGCGGAUGUGGUGAAGGUGGCGCUGAACCCAGCUCGGAGUUUUGUCGAAGUGUACGACGAGGUGAUGAAACUUUCAGGCUUCGGCUGCAGCAAGCGCUGGAAGGAAAAGCAGCAACCCGCGAUCGGAGAAGUGAAGGUACCCUGCCUGCUUGUCAACUCGCGGGAUGAUCCCAUCAGCGUUUGGGAGAACGUGGAAGACCACACUGCAGAGAUGCAGAACAACCCUUGUCUCGCGCUUGCAGAGCUGUAUCGGGGUGCACACGGGUGCAAGUUCGAUUUCUGGGGCUUCCAUUGCUGGGGGAACACCAUGAUCGCUGAGUUCAUUCUCGCCGCGGCGUCGGAGCUGAAGCAGGCUCGUGCUUCGGGCGAUCCUGUCCUUCUGAAGGGGCCGCUGUAUGGCGUCGAUCCAUCAGCUUCUGCAUCGAAGGGGCUAGUGGCUGGAGGUUGA